AUGGGAGAAGAAGGGAAUGCCGAUGAUGCUCGCGAUGGCGCCUCGCGCGAUCAUCACCUCGCGAGGGGGAAGGGAUUCUGGAAUCCAUGGCCAUCGUUUGGAUUCGAGGGGAAUGCGCGAGAGGCGAUCGUCAUGUUCCUCAGGGAUUUCGAUCGCAAGCGCUGCCAAGUGACCGCCGAGGUGCGCGCGAGAUUGGGACGGCGGCCGCUCAGCACAGAUCUGGCGAGCAUUCGCAGCCCGCCAGAGGAAUCGGCCCAGGUGACAUGGAUCGGGCACGCGACAUUCCUCGUCCAGUUCGAUCGUCUCAACAUCCUCACGGAUCCAGUGUGGUCGGAGCGCUGCUCUCCCUCGAGCAUCAUUGGGCCGAAACGUGUGAUGCCAGUUCCGUUCCCAAUAAAGGAGCUACCUCCCAUCGACGUGGUCAUUAUAUCUCACAACCAUUACGACCAUCUAGACGAGACAACCGUCAGAGCUCUAGGAAACACGCCUCUCUAUCUUGUCCCGCUCGGAAUUAAAAAAUGGUUUAACGGAAUCGGAAUCACAAACGUGGUGGAAUUGGAAUGGUGGGAAGAACAUAAAAUACCGUACAGCGGUUCUAAAGUUCUCAAGGCGGUAUGCACGCCUUGCCAACAUUUUUCUGGUCGUGGUAUAUUUGAUCGAAACAAGACGCUCUGGUGUUCUUGGGUCAUGGAAGCAGACAAGAGGAAGUUCUACUUCGCCGGUGAUACGGGGUUUUGCACUGUUCCUCGGCAUAGCGACCACAAUGGUGGCGUUCCAGAAACAGGCGCUGGAGCUCAAUUGUCUGUUUGUCCCGCAUUUGAAGAGAUUGGAAAACGCUAUGGACCAUUUGACUUCGCAUUCAUUCCAAUCGGAGCUUACAGCCCUCGCUACUUCAUGAGUCCUAUCCACUGUUCUCCAGAGGAUGCCGUGGCCAUCCACCGAAUCGUCAGGUCCAAGCUAUCAAUUGCGAUGCACUGGGGAACGUUUGUUCUGACGGACGAGCCGCUGCUGGAACCGCCUGCGAGAUUGCAGAAGGAGCUGGAGAGGUUGAAGAUAGACGCGUCCGCAUUUAUCACAAUGAAGCACGGCGAGACAAAGUGUAUAUGAAGUGAAUGCCACCUUACAAAGUACUACUGAUUCGGUGAGCCGCUCUUUAUGAUUCUAUUUCAUACGAUUUGUAUUAGGUGGAUAAGUUUUCCGUGAAGCUCUUUACAGUGAGGCGUUACAGGCGCUUGACUUUAGAUUCGUGAGAGGACUAGUUUGUCUCCGGAUUCGGUGAACUACUUCUAUCAUUAAGUCUGGAGAUUUUCA